UUCAGCUCUAGUCAGUUGAAUUCUCUUCCUCUUCUGUUGCUCGACUGAAGAUCAUCUCAUCAUCUCAGUGAAAUGUUCAGAUUACAGUCUGACUGUCUGUGACUGUUUUCAUCCUUUACUGUCACAGGCAAAAUACUCCAAAACUGAGCAACUGUUUAGUGUGUAAAGGUCUCUGCUCUCAUCAGGUUAUAAACAUCACUGCAGACGUGAGAAGCAGCUUGAAGAGUUGUUCACACAUCUGUGUGUUUAACAUGACAUUGUGCAGUGUAAGUAACAAACGCAUCAACACUGCUGUGUAAGUCUCACACACAAACACAUCACAACAGAGGGCGGAGACAGUGUGUCUUCCUCUUUCUCACGGACACCUUAUAAAGAGAAGCUGAACAGUCUCUCUCUCUCUCUCUCGUCUUCAUCAUCAUCAUCAUCAUCAUUCACUAGGAUGCUGGUGUUAAAGGUUGUGUUGGUUCUUCUGUGUGUGUCUCUGGUCUGUUCUGAGAUCAGACAUUUGAAUGAUCAAUGGAUUACCUGGAAAUCACAACACAAGAAGACCUAUUGGAACACAGAGGAGGAGUUGUACAGGAAAUCUGUCUGGGAGAAGAAUCUUCAAGAUGUUCUGAAACAUAAUGAAGAAGCACUCAUUGGUCUCCACACGUACACACUGGGUCUCAAUCACCUCAGUGACAUGACGGUGGAUGAAGUCAAUCCUUUGCUUAAUGGUUUAUUGGAGGAAGAUUUCUCUGAUGUCAACGUAACGUUCAGCCCCCCGACACACCCCCACCUGCCCCUCCCACACAGAGUCAACUGGACAGAGAAAGGAGUGGUCAGCCCCGUCCAAAACCAGGGCCCGUGUGGCUCGUGUUGGGCGUUCAGUGCUGCUGGUGCUCUGGAGGCUCAGAUGAAGAUGAGAACUGGAGUUCUGGUGGCGUUGAGUCCUCAGAAUCUGUUGGACUGUAGUGUACAUUUAGGGAACCGCGGCUGCAUGGGCGGAUACUUGAGUCGAGCCUUUCUCUACAUCAUCCAGAACAACGGCAUCGACUCCAACAUCUUCUACCCAUAUGAACACAAGCAGGGUUUGUGUAGAUAUUCUGUGACGGGGAGAGGAGGAUUCUGUUCAGCGUUCCGGAUUCUUCCACGUCAUAAUGAGACGGCGCUUCAGAUCACUGUUGCUAAUGUUGGACCGGUUUCUGUCGGUAUAAACGCCAAACUCAUCUCCUUCCACCGAUACAGAGGAGGUAUCUAUAAUGAUCCGAAGUGCCGUUUUGGGCUAAUCAAUCAUGCGGUUCUUGUGGUGGGUUACGGCUCAGAACACGGACAAGAUUACUGGCUGGUGAAAAACAGUUGGGGGACGGCCUGGGGUGAAAAUGGAUUUAUCCGUAUAGCACGAAAUAAAAACAUGUGUGGAAUAUCCAGCUUUUCCAUUUAUCCCACAAUAUGAAGUUGUCUCUCAUGAAAUCAUGUAUUUCUCUCUUGUGUUUACGUCUGUGGUUUGACUCUCAGUUUGUCAGUGUGUUUUUGUGGUGUAUUAAAUUAAAUGUGUGUUCUGAGCAUCAUACAGAUGAUCUCACACUCAUGUCAAUAUGAUUUCAUCAGAUAUCAUCACAGAUAUUGAUCUUAUGUGAGAACUGAUGAACUCUCCAUGUGACCAUAAGAAUGUAAAUUGAAUAUAUGUGAGGGGGGUAAUAACCACCUGACGCGAAGGGAAUAAAAAUCCUUAGCUGUGGAUUAUACCUCUUAUACCAUGGUCAUUUGCCAAGUUAAAGGGAUAACUCAGCCAAAAACUCAGAUUUGGCAACAUGUUGAUAUUUUCAUAAAUUUGAACGUCAUUUUUAAUAAUAUUAGCCAUACUGUUCAGCCUCAACACUCCCUUUCUGCAGGUGGCGCUAAACGUACGAGACGCUGGUAUGCCAUCCACCAACAAAUGCUACAAGAAGAAGAUUGUGAUUGUGUGCAGAGACAGCAUAUUAUGACUAUUAUUAUUAAAGUGACGUUCAGUUUUAUGAAAAUAUGAAACGAUUUGCUUCACGAAACAUCAUCAUGUCGCCAGGAGUCGCUUUAUGAACUCUUAGACAGGUGGACCCCAUAGACUCUCAUUAUAUGAAGCAGCGAGGGCUGCGGAUUCACCAAACAAUCUUCUUUAUGGUUCUACUCAGUUUUUGGCUGAACUAUCCCUUUAAAGCUGUUAGUGAUGAUUACGGUGUCAUUUUAGGUCAAACAUGUGAAGAUGAAUGUUCUUUCAUCAGUAAAUCUCAAAUGUGAUCAAACUGACUGGACCUACCCGUCCGUUACAGGGUUUUAAUGCACACCUUCCAGCCAAUCAGAAUCCAGUAUUCAUACACACCAUGGUUUAACAAACAAUAAUGUUGUUUUGUGAUUUGUGUUUCUGU